ACCAGCGCCCCUACUCCGUUAUUCACCUCAGUAACACUACUGUACCCCAGCUGCGAUUCCGUGCACACCCCCCCUCCGCCCGGUAGCUGCCGUUUCGCUCCUCCGCAUCAUCACACGAUUUCAGUUACACACCCUCCGCUUUUACAGCAUUGUUCCUUACAAACUUGUCGGCCCUGGCUCGGACUCAGGAUAUCCGGCGACAUCAUGAAUGCUGGCACGGGCAGGGCGGGCGUCAUAAGCGCCCCAGAUGAUGCUGCUCCGAUGGAUAAGUUGGCACAUGCUGUACUCGAUGAUGUGCUUUACAACGUUCUGAGCGAUCUCUUGAUGAAGACGCACCGCGAAGAGAAGACAGCCAGAGCUACCACCGCUGCCAUUCGCAUCGAGAAGCUGGCAUCCGACGCGUCCGACAGCUCAACGCCAGACUCAAAACCGGACGUACGGAUUGAGACCGACGCCGCUAUAUACGAGGAUGGAAAAGUAUUGCUGAAGGGCAAUCCUCUCAAGACGACCGCUGAGAUUCUGUGCCCUCGAUGCCAUCUGCCCCGACUCCUAUACCCAACGGACGGAAAAGGCGCUCAAAAACCCGAUCCCGGUGUCAUCUACUGCAAGAAACAUCCUUAUAUUGAUAAGCCUGGGUGCGACAUCUAUGGCCAGAGUUGGGUCGCGCCAGGUCCUGGUCGAGGCAAGAAGAAGAAGGAUAUGGAAAAGAAUAAUACCGAUUCUCCCACCCCCGAACAGCGACCACCCAAUGUUCUUUCCUUCCCCUCAGCUACUUGCAGCAAAUGCAAGCGUUGCAUUCUCGUCACUCGACUGAAUAACCAUAUGGGCUCAUGCAUUGGGAACAGUGGUCGCAAUGCCAGUCGAGCUGCAGCGCAGAAGUUGAGCAAUGGCGGAUCUCAGAAUGACACAACGCCACCUUCAUCACAAAAGGCGACUCCUGCGCCAGGCUCCCGCGCCGCCAGCCCGAAGAAGCGCGAUGCCAGCGACGAAGAGGAAGAUUCUGAGAACAGUCACAAGAAGAAGAAGCUCAAGCCUACUUCCUCGGUCACCAAGAAGGUGAUUCUCAAGACGAAGCCGAACCUCAAAAAGGACAAACCUAAGGGUCUGUCGUCCUUAAGCCAGGAGCAGAAGGCCGACUACAGCAACAGUGAAUCCGUUGAGGUGGCACCCAAGAAGGUUGUGUCUAAGGGUAUCAGUCCUGUUAAGAAGCUUAAGAUGAACAAACCUCCGCUGGGGUCUCCCAAGCCCAAGCCCAGCCUCAUCCGCGAGGCAACUGGAGAGUCAGAAUCUUCAGACACUCUCUCAUCCCCUCCUCAGUAGACCUCGCUCGGGAACAGCAUCAUGAGCGAUGUGUCAUCGAUCUGAUGGCGUGUCAGGCUGUACUCUUAGUGUCAGCCUGGCCUACACGCAUCAGCAUGAAUGUCAUGGUUGGAUACGAUAGAAGCAGGCAGUACGUCACGCGACAAAGGACAUCAUUUGCUUAUCGCUUGCUUCUCAAGAACAUUUACUCUACUUGUAUUAUCAUCAAUACAUCAUUGCAUUGGAAUGGCGAGCUGGUUGGCUAAGGUUACCGGGACCGGAUAUUUACAGCAUCCAUGGAAAAGGGACCGGGGCGUUUUUGGCGUAAUGAGUACAACAAUGGAUAUUUGCAGAAAUAUGAUCUU